UGGGAUCUCUUGUAAAUGUGUAUACAGAUAAAUUUGAUUCCUAAAUUCAGUUGUUAUUAGUUCAAUGAAAAAAAUAACCGUUAAUUGUUUACUAGUUUAUCAAUUGUUAAAAUUUUCCAAGCAAACAUUAAUCAACUAAGAUUAUCAUUAGAAACGGCAACAAUUCAAAUGAACAUUGGAUAAACUUUCAAAUCAAAAGUGAACAUUUCAAUUAACAGUUAAUUGUUACCAUUGUUUUUAUUGAUUAAUUACAAAUACUUUUAUUAUAACUUUUAAAUUGUUAUCAUCUAACUUGUUUGUUGGCCAUCAUUUCAAUUAAUCAAGGUGUUAAUUGUGUUAUUUUGCUCAACAUUAACUGUCAACAAUUUAGUUUCACCAGUUAAUUCAAUUGAAUUUGGUACAACCCUAUGUAGGUUUCAUACAAUUGAAAGUGUAAUUGUUUUUCAUUGUUUCUCAUUUGAACUUUAAAUUGUUAUGACAAUUAACGAUCGGAUAGUUAAUUGUUGAUUACAACAGACCCGAUGUGUCGCUGUUAUAAAUGAAUUCAUGGGUUGCGGUACUAGUGCGGCUUAUCGGAGAAAUGAUCAAAUGUCCCGACCAGGAACACAAGAAUUAAGGAAAAACAAUUCGAGUACCAUUGAGAUAACCAGGGAGGCUCUUCAGAAUUAUCUGGACUUGGAACACGCGAUUCGUGAUCAAGAAAGGAAACACAUUUUAGAAACUUAUCAAAUUAAGACUGAACAAUUAGACCAAUUGGAAGAAGCGUUAAUUCAAAUGGAGGAAUUGUUAGCCCAAUGUUCAGACGAAGGAUCAAAAUUUAAUAGUAAAUUAGGAAAUGAUGAUCUUCACAAUACUCGGGAGUUUAUCCUUCGGAAAAGUUAUACAAAUGAUAAAUUAACAAGUGAUGAGGAAAAUUUUCUCGAUGUGCUCAAUAAACAGUCUAUUCCAAAGGAACUCGUUGAAAGGGAUUACAAAAAUACUUUAUCAUCAAUCGAAGAGCUAAAACUGGACAUUGCCCGAUUAUCCAAAGAAGGUGAAAAACUGCAAAAACUUUACGCCUCAAGGGAUGAAUUAUUAGAUACGAUUUUCGAAGGUCAAUAUGGAAGUGACAUGGAGAACCAAUUGGAACGGGAAUUGGACUGGUUAUUGGAACAGAAAAGACAUGUUGAUCAGGCCUAUUUUCGUUGGAGACAAGCUCAAAUUCAGGUCAAACUAGCGUGUGGUUUACUUGCUGAAUCGGUUCAAAAAUGGAAAGACAUUUUAUCCAUUCCAUCAGAGGAGAAUGAAUCUCGAUAUGAAAUGGUCACUGAGAUACGGAAUAAAUUAUCGGAGGCCAGUUCUAAUCUACAAUCUGCUCAACGUUAUUUACCCAAUAUUACAUUUCCUUAUUGUUCACCUGAUGAAAUCGCUACACUAGACAAGGCCAUUUCUUACAUAUUCACGGACAUGCAAACACGUGAACGUCACGAACACGCACUUUCCUGUUAUCAGACGACCUACAAAAGAGCAGCAUCAUUGAAACAAUGGUUAGAACACGUUCUAACUACAACCAUCUCUCGAGAUCUAUUUGAAAUAACGGAAGAUUGUAAAGCUCGAGCCUCUGAACUACGAAAUGAACGAACUCGAUUAAUAAGAUUACGAAUCAAGGAGUUAACUGGUAACGAUCUUGAUUACGACGGUGGAACUGAAUUAAGAGACAGUGGUGUUGAUAGUGAGUUUGAUGAUACAUCUACUGCCGAUGAACAAAUUGCUCGUAUCUUUGAAUCGUCUCGAAGUGAACGCAAAGGGGCCAAAUCUUUGACACCCGAUCCGACGAGGGUUCCGUUUGUUAUGCCAACACCAUUACCAUCAGCUGAUCUUGCACCAACCCCACAAAAGGAGGAGAUAUUUGGACGAAUUGAAUUUUUAAGAAAUCGACAUAAAAAGGAGAUCAUGGACUUGGAACGGAAUCAGAAGAUGAAUCAAGCUCGAGUUACCCAAGGCCUGAAAGAGAAACUUCAAGCCCGUCGAAGUCGUCGAAGUCGCUUACAAAUGCACAAUCGUGAACUCGAAGCUCUUCGAGAAACCCCUUAAUCCGAUUCGAAUUGUUUCUUCUAUCUCCAUCGAUCACCUUAAUUGUCUCAAUUAUUAUUAUCAGUUAAUUGCGAUCAAAAUCAAUUGAACUUAUCAGAGACAAAAAAACAAAAUCUAUUCAAGUGCCUUCGUUACAUUAUCAAUGUUCAACGAAAUUUAAAUUUAAAAUGUCCGUAAUUAAUAAGGUUAAUUAUUUGUAAUUCGUUUAAUAUUUAAUCAUCACAAUCAAUGUUAAUUGUAAUAUUCAUUAUUUUUAUCAAUGUAAAAAAACAAUCAAAAAUGAAAAGCAAAUUAACAGACUGAGAAAGUCAUUUAAUUAAUAGCAACAAAUGAAAUGUUUGC